UAAAUUUGUAAAGAAAAUAGAAACAGAAAUGUAAUUUUUCUUGCUUUAACAGAUUUUUUUUCUUCUGUAAGACAAAAAUAUUCAUUCAAAAAUCCAAACGAAAAUCCCUGAUUUUUUAGGAGAAUUAUUUUCUUAUACGUUAAUUAAAAAACUGCACAUACUGGAUAUGUAUUGAAAUAUAUUUAAAAGCUGGCAGCUGAAAUCACAUUAGAACAUCAUUUUUUGUUUUCUUUAACUGUUUUACUCUAAAAUCUACAAAAAAAAAAAAAAAGAAAUAGAAGAAAACCAGUAAACACCGAGGCUUUGGACAUUCAGCUGUCAGAACUUGUUUCUGUGUCAAAUUACAUUAGUAAUUUUUUUAUUUUUUCCAAAGUUUAAUCUUAGAACAAACAAACAAACAAAAACACAUUUUAAGUCCAACACCCUUUUAUAAAAUAACUCAUUUGAAGAUUUUAUUUAAAGUCUGUUGCUUGACCUGCACAUCUUUUAGCAAAAUGGAGCAAAAAGAGUAGAAAAUAAAGUCAAAAUACAUAAUAAAGCAACAUUCUUGAUGGCAAUUAGCUAAUUCUGACAGAUUCUUCAGGUAUUUCUGCAUUUACGGCAACAAUACUGAACAUAAAACGGCAUCUGCGCAGAUCCAUAACUUAUUUUUUUUUGGAAACUUUAAAAACUAAUAAAACAAAAAAUAAUAAUUCAUGAAAGAUUUACAAAGUACAAAACCAUUUAAGCAAAUGUCAAACUAGUUUAUCCUACAUGUGUGAAAGACGUUAAUAACCUCGUAAUUUGAUGAGUCACCACACCAUGACUCUGCUGCUUUUUAACUGGUUUUCUGCAGCUGUUCAUAAAAAGCUGCUCCUGCGUCCAGACCUGAACCAGGCCUCCUCUGAAGGACAGGACGGGGGGGACGCGCGCGCAAGAAUAAUCCUCUCUUAUCUGUGACCCACUGGCGCGCGCAUCUGUUAUCGCGCAAUUAUCAUAUACAUUAGUCAACACUUGCUUCACUUCACCUCGUUUAAUUAGAGCCAUUUGAUUACUCUGAAUUGCGCGCUUUGUUGCGGCCUUGGUUUGGGAUGCGUUAACGGAGCAGAAAUCCCUGCAGGAAAUCCGGAAUCAGCAAAACUUUUCGGGAGGUUUUUACGCGUGCGUGAAACUCGCUUUCACGCAUAAUUUCGUGACUGUGAUGCGUUUCAUCAUUGCGUUCUAUCAUUUUGGCAGAAAAUGCAUGAGAUGCAUGAAUGUCAGUCAUGGCAAUGGGAGUCUACGUGGGAGGGAUCUGAUGUUUGGCUGCUUUUCCGCAGAUUUCUCUGCAGGUUUUGACGCAAAAAGUGUCAGAAAAUUGAGAUCAAACGAACAGGAAACCCAAUUAUACAUGUUUCAAAACGUGCGAAAAACCAACCAAACCAAUGCGCAGUCCCCUAACUUCAUUUGGGUGUUUGUAUAUUCCACUCACAGAAGUCUGUGAUGAUCUCAGAACAUUUGCGAACUUUUACGCAUUUGCUAAAAGUUUACAAAGAUCCAAGAUGGUUCGCAGGUUUCGGUUGCGCCUCCAAAGGUUUUGCUUUCAGUCCAGAGUUGGAGGAGAAACUCUCAUUUCCAAGAGAAGCGCACUAAAAGGAACAGCGAGGAGCGUCUUUGAUGGGAUUUGCUGCCUGUGAAAGCCGCAGGUCUUUUGAACGCAGCUGACAGUCAAUGGUGUUAACCCCCCCACCCCCACCCCCACCCCACCCGAUGAGCCCCCACCCGCGCGCACACAUGUGCGAGCAGCUGGGUGUAUAAAAACAGGCCCUGGAGGUUGGGGUUCGCCAAUUUGGAAGUUGCUGGGACGCUCGGAAGGAUGCCCGCGUCGCAGGUCGGAUUUGGAAACUUUUUCCUGGAUAGGAGUGUCAACAUGCCGAGCGGAUAUCAGAUUCCGCUGCUGGGGGGUCCCCCGUGUGUCCAGCAGCAGCCGCAGCUGGCCGCAGUGGCGGCUGGGAUUCCCGUACCGUUCUCUGGACUGCAGGGAUACAGCUUCAUCCCCUACGCGCACCACAGGCACAUGACGCACAUGAACAACGGCUUCGAGCUGAAGGCCGCCUCUCCGUACCACCACGCGCUCCUGGCGCACGGAGGCGCUUUCUAUCCUCCCUACCGCCCGGGUGGCGCAGAGGAUCCCGGCAGGGUGGCAAAGGUGGCCACCCGGGAGAGCACCGGCGCGCUGAAGGCCUGGCUGAACGAGCACCUGAAGAACCCCUACCCGACUAAAGGCGAGAAGAUCAUGCUCGCCAUCAUCACCAAGAUGAGCCUGACGCAGGUCUCCACGUGGUUCGCCAACGCGCGGCGCCGCUUGAAGAAGGAGAACAGGGUUAGCUGGGCGUCCAGGGGCAAGUCGGACGAGGAGGAGGAUGAUGAGCAGGAGGCAGAGAGCGACGAAGAGGAGAGCCCCCUGCAGAAAGGUCACCUGGAGGUGGAGCGUGACGCGGAGCCUCGGAGCGGCGCAGAGGAGAAUGCGCCCGCGGGUUUGGAGACGCCGCAGCGGAGCGAGGACCAUCAAACUGAGCUCGAUAAGAAGGUCGAGGGCACCGCUCCGCUCCUCAACAGCGCGGCGGAGGAGAGCAAAGGAGCCGCUGGGAGUCAGAAACCCAAGAUCUGGUCUCUGGCAGAAACAGCCACAUCAGAAACAGCGCGUAAAGGCGCGGACUGCGCUCCUCACCCCGCCGGGAAGCUGUGGGCGGACUGGGCGUCACGGAGCGGACUGUUCCUUCCAUCCUAUUACAGCCAUCACCAGAUGGUCUGACCAGGAGUUUCCAGACUGUUUUCUCCACAUUUUUAGCACUUUAACAAACCUUUGAACCUCAAGAAGGAGUUCCGAAAGAACUUUUAAGAAUCCACAGAGUCACCAAAGAUGGAGCGACUGUUCUCUGUAAAUAAAUGUAUUUUUUCCAGCAGUAAAAUGUAAAUUAUGCUUUUCUUUGUUUCCAAAAACUAUUUUUAAUAAAAUAAACCUGCAGGGAAACUGUGUUUUGGACGUUUGGAUGUGUGGAA